AUGCGACAGAACUACGAACCUUUUGUGCACGAAGGAAACUCUAUUCAUAGGAUAAUUCUCAAGCUGAUAUUCCUCUUCUAUACGAUCGCACUGGUAUUGUGCCAAACAUCAAAUGGGCAGUAUCAGUCGCCUCAUCAGGCAGCAAUUUUGAGUGAUGCGCGAUACCUAGCUGGUGAUGGAACGUUCGGAGCCGCAUAUUCGCAAGAAGAUGGCGUCGAAUUCAAGGAGGAAAGCGACGUAUACGGAAAUCGUCGUGGAUCCUACUCGUACGUUGAUCCAACUGGUCAAAGACGCACGGUGACAUAUACAGCUGGAAAAAAUGGUUUCCAGGCAAGUGGCGACGGUAUUCCCGUUCCACCUCCGCAAGUGCCGCCCAAACCCGAAUACGUGCCCCUGCCACAAUACAACCCACCGGAUUAUCAACCAUCGAGGUACAAUCCACCUCCACAACAACAACCGUAUCAACGACCGAGUCAACCGGUGUACGAGUCGCAGCAAGAGCCUCAACCUGUAUACCAGCCAGAGCCGCAGUAUCCGUACAGGCCUCAGCCACCACAUGAAAUCCCACCCAUACCUUCGUACAACCCACGGCCGCAGUAUCAACCCCCGGCCAGGCCGUUGCCCCAAUACAACGAAAUUACAACGCCAUCCCCGCGAAGAUUCUAUCCACCGGGUAAGCUGAGCUUCAACAGGACACCCGAUGGUUACUCCUACACGUUCAGUAAAAGCUAA